AUGGCUCUACGAACGACCACCACAGCAAAUGUAUCGUCGACAGCAGUAUCAUCGUCCACGACUUCUGGAGUCUCCACCACUACUUUCAUGCCUACGUCCACAACACCAUAUCCAACUCAAAUAUCGCCAACAGAAUCUCCUCAAAUACGGCAUCCGUUUCCUGACAUCGAUGCUCAACGCAAUCUCUAUUUCACGUAUACAAUAAAUCUCACACCGUAUUACAUCUCAUUCCCUAAAGAUACCGAUUUAUCACUAAUAAAGUUAUCCUUAUCAUACGAUCCUGUGUCGACAUCGGAUUGGGUCACAUUUAACGAACCUCUGAAGACGAUAUCGGGAACUCCACCGGACAAUGCUGCUUCCAAUACAACGAUAUCACUGAAUAUAUCAUCUGGCUCUUAUCAGAACGCUACUACGUCAACACAGUUUUACUUGAUUGUUCAAAAUGGACCAUUUGAGAAUUUAGCUGUGUCGGGAAAAGUUAUCAGUUUGAUUGUCGGACUAGCGGUUGGGAUGAUUGUUGCUGCUGGAGCUGUCGUUGCGUUUAUUAUGGUGCACAGAUGGAAAGAUAGGCACCGGUGA